GUGAGUCCUUAGAUCGAGUCAGUACGUUUGUCUGUCAGGGGUUAGAAUCUACGUGGUGAGGUUUGGAACCACUAAUCCGGUUGUACACUUAUCACCAUGGUUGACAUCCGGAGUGGGUUGAGUACUAGCCCCUAUACCAAGGAGCAACAAGAAAAGAUGGCCGCCUUAGUGAGAGAGAACAAAGAGAGGAAAGAGCUCCUGAAGCAAGAGAAGCUAAAGGCUAUCACAGAGGAGCAGGCGGCGAAGAUGAGGAAACUGGAGAAGGAGAUAAAGAAAGUCCAGCAGGAGGAGGAAGAUAGGAGAAAGGCUGCCGAAGAGGAAGCAACAGCAGAAGAAGCAAAAGAGAGGAUGUGUAUCGAGAGUAGAGAAGGGAGUAGUGGCACGAAAAAGGAUGAAGACGCGGAGAUGGAGAGAAAGAUAAGCGAGUGGGUUGCUAAUUUAUCAUUGGGGGAAGAUGAGGAGGCAGAGUCUUAUGUGCCUCAGGAUGAGAGAGAGGCGUUAGCCGGAGAGCUAAUGCCAAUGGAGGACCCCAUGGAACGGCGAGAAAGAGAAGAGGAGCAAAAGUUGGAAUGGAAAUUGAGAAUGAAGAGGGAGAAGAAGAGAAGAAGGGAGGAAGUCACUAGGCUGACCGCAGAAGUGGCAAAGGUGAAGGACUGUAGGCAAGAAGUGGAGGCCCAGGCAGACGACAAGGCCAGAUGGGAUAAGGUGUUGGGGUACCUGGAGGUGCUGAGCGCAGCGUGGAUGGAGGAGCGCCAAGCCAGUUGGGGUCAAGAGGUAGCCUUGAGUGCCAUGCGGUCGGGGUUUAGGGACUUUGCGCGCGAUAUGGUUACCCACGUCGGGGGAGAAGUGAGGAAGUUGAGAGACAACGUGGGAAAGUUCUGCGAAGGUGCCAUUGAAGGUGCCAAAGCGAUAGCCGCUGUAGAGGGCGAGGCCAGACCCCGUAAAGAGCCUGUAAAGCUCAAGUUCCCAGAUGCAUACGGGGGAAAGGAGGAGGAGAACUUUGACAACCGGGAGGCCAGUGCCAACAGUUAUGUGUACUUACAGCAUAUCCUGACAGAGGAGCAAGUCCUCGUAGCUCUCCAGGCCCUCAAAGAUGAAGCGGCUAGUUUUGCCAGGUCCCUUGCGCGCGCAGCCGGUUGUGAAAACAACAUGGUUGCAUACACGCACUGACCCGGCCCAUGUUAUCAAAUUGUGUCCUAAGUAUAGACAGGCCCGUUGGGCUGCCCGGCAGUCAAAAGGCAGCCGCCAGUAGGGGUCGC